UCUCUCAAUCAUUGUGCUUGCCUCGGCAUACAUAGCAGAACUCAUAUCCUCAUCUGUAAGUGAUAUGGUUGCAUCCCUCUCAUCUCUGGACCCAGAAUUUACAUUCUGAGCAUUUCUAGAACCUCUACUUGAUCCAAGUACAACUAUGUGGUUCUUCUGCUGUAGCCCAAAAGUAGCAAAGACCAUGUUUUCAGGUUUGAUUCCUAUGAUCUUCUUAUGCUCUCUGCCGGUUAGUUUUGGGUGCCAUUUCUCUCUGCAUUUUAGGCAAUACGAGACUGAGCACAAUGGACAACUAUGUUUCGAAGAUUUGGAGUCUUGUGGAACCUCAAAAAUAUGAAAUCAGUUCGGAGAUGGGCAGAAUUGGUAGAGGUCUGAAUUUUGGUAGACAAAAUUUUCAAUUUCAAAUCUCUCAUAUAUCUGACAUAGUUUAGUCUCACAAGUAUCCUUGAUGUCCUGCUCUUGGAACUUUUCCAUGCAGCUAUGUAUAUGUAUAGGAUAGCUUAUUGGGAAAGACUAUACAUCAACUUUAGAUUUGAUGUACAUCCCCAGACAUUCAGUGUCGCACAUGUGGCCACAUUGUGUAAGGAUCAAGUCAUGAAUCUCGAUACUUCUGUAACAAAUUGAACACUCUAAGAAAUCCUUAUUUGAUUCACAAUUGAGACCAGGAGUUACUAAAGCUCUUGUUUUCACCUCUUCUUUAAAAGAAUUCUUCAGACCAGAAGACUCUUAGGAGAUCUUAGCAGGUGUCUUCUCUUCUUCAUUAGGACUAGAAACUUGAGGGAUGCACUGAGCCUUUGAUCGAUUGAGGUUUCUAACUAGAGAAAUUGCAUCACUCAUUUUUUAUAUCUGACAUCUUUUCCUCUUUUGUCUCUUGAGAAGGCUGGAUGAAGAACUUUGGAGCUUGCUUCUUAGCUAUAUUAUUCCGGGAACUCUUCUUUUUGGAUGAUGGGGGAAGAGUGAGGGAUUUAGAAUAUUUUGAUUUGUCACCUAGAUAGGACUUGUUCAGCUUAUUCAAAUUCGUUCUUGAACAAUUAGUUAUUGGGGAAAACAAGAAUGCACGCUAUAUUUCAAACUUUUAUGAUCCUUAAUUGGACUAGUUACUAUUUAGAAUGAUCAGGCAGAUUAUUUAGUGAGAAUAAAGGCUUAGUGUUCAUGAGAGGACUUAUAGACCCGUCGAAGAAUCCUAAUUUUUAUAUUUACCUCUUCACUUAGAUAAUCCUUCUUCAGCCUUUUGAAUCAAAUUCUCAUACGUUCUGUGGCUUUUCGGUCUUGAUGACUCUUUUUAGCAGUCACUGGCCUUGAAUCUUUUUCUGUCUUGAAAUAAGACAAUUUGAGGACAUCUUGAGGUCUAACUCGAGCAUAUAGGGUACAU